ACCAAUCAGUCUCCCACUACAAGUACAAUCCUUUCCCACGAAGAUAGAGAGAUUGAGCAAUGGGGAGCUCAACAGAAGAUGACGAUUUCUCAGUAUUUGUAAUUGCUUCUGAUUUAGGUAUCGAUGGUCGACCCUUUUUGAAUCCUUCUGAUAGAGAAAAAAAUCUAGAUGAUCCUUCUGAAACAUGGCACGAUUGCCCUUCUUACUUCGCUGAUGAAGACUUUUCUGAUCUUGAAACUCGUGAUUUCUUCCGUCUUCAAGGUUAUGAUAGAAAUGGCAAUCGUAUUGUUCGCAUCAUCGGAAAAUUUUUUCCUGCUCCGGUUGUUAGUUGUGAACGACUUAAAAAGUAUAUAUUCUACAAAAUAUACACUGAAUUACCAGAAGGGCCAUUUUCUAUCGUUUACAUCCACACUACUGUGCAAAAGGAGGACAAUUCUCCAGGAAUGACAAUCUUGAGAUGGAUAUAUGAGGACCUUCCUGCUGAAAUCAAAGAUAGGCUACAAGUCGUUUAUUUUCUUCACCCCGGUCUCCGGUCAAGGCUUGCCUUUGCGACUCUUGGACGGUUCUUCUUGAGCGGCAACUUGUACUGGAAAAUCAAGUAUGUGAGCCGCUUGCAAUACCUUUGGGAUGAUAUAAAGAAAGGAGAAAUUGAGAUCCCCGAGUUUGUGAAAAAGCAUGAUGAUAUACUUGAGCAUAGACCAUUAACUGAUUACGGCAUUGAACCAGACCCUCUCAAACUGACCGAGGUUCCUUCCAUGUCCCUCUCUCUUGGGAGGUAUGAUUAUGAAGAAAGGUGGGCAUCUGGGGAGCGCAUAUCAUGAGUAUCACCUCUGUGCCGAAGAACCAAUCAUAUAAUUAAUCAAACACGCAAUUCGGAAUUGUCAUCCUGUGGGUUCAAUGAGCUGCAAGAUGCAUUUCAUGUAAAAUACGUCGUGUGACUGUAGACCAGGGAUUGAAAGUUGCCGCUUGCUUUUGGCUAAAUGUAGUUUUGCUUUUGCCUUGAUGCUUUGUAAACAUCAUGACUCAAUUAUAUAGGCAUGAUGAAUCGUCCUGCCUGAUGAUCUCUGCCAAAAUGCUAUAGAUUUGGCUCUGUAUUGAUCUGUAAUUUAUGCUGAAAUGACAUAGUUCUUGCUAAAAUAAUAUCCCUCAUUCAGUUUCCAUA